GCCCGGAAGUAAUGUUUGGAGCCUAGUUGUAGUCGGAUUGCUAGCUGCCACGUCUGAGGUGGUAGAGCUUUGUACAGGAGUGAAAACAGACACAAUUAACAAGAUAUAACAAAUUAUAUUUACAGUAGUCCUUACAGCAACCAUGGUGUCAGUUAUCAAUACUGUGGACACGUCCCACGAAGACAUGAUUCACGAUGCACAGAUGGAUUAUUAUGGCACACGGUUGGCCACCUGCUCCUCAGACAGAUCUGUUAAAAUAUUUGAUGUAAAAAACGGAGGACAGAUCCUUGUGGCUGACCUGAGAGGUCAUGAAGGCCCAGUUUGGCAGGUGGCCUGGGCUCAUCCAAUGUACGGGAACAUUUUGGCGUCCUGCUCCUACGACAGAAAAGUUAUCAUUUGGAAAGAGGAGAAUGGGGCAUGGGACAAGAUGUAUGAAUACACAGGCCAUGAUUCUUCAGUAAACUCUGUAUGUUGGGGGCCAUAUGACUUUGGACUGCUUCUGGCCUGUGGGAGCUCAGACGGUGCCAUCUCAUUGCUCACCUUAACAGGGGACGGACAGUGGGAUGUAAAGAAGAUUAGCAAUGCACACACUAUUGGUUGCAAUGCAGUGAGCUGGGCUCCUGCUGUUGUACCUGGCAGUCUCAUUGACCAGCCCUCAGGACAGAAACCAAACUACAUCAAGAGAUUUGUAUCGGGAGGAUGCGAUAACCUGGUGAAACUCUGGAAAGAGGAGGAUGGUCAAUGGAAAGAAGAUCAGAAACUUGAGGCACACAGUGACUGGGUGAGGGAUGUCGCCUGGGCUCCAUCAAUAGGGCUUCCUACCAGCUCAAUUGCCAGUUGUUCACAGGAUGGCAGAGUCUUCAUCUGGAUGUGCGAUGACCCUGCUGGAAACGCAUGGACAGCCAAACUUCUUCAUAAAUUCAAUGAUGUAGUUUGGCAUGUCAGCUGGUCUAUCACAGGAAAUAUCCUUGCAGUGUCUGGGGGAGACAAUAAGGUUACUUUGUGGAAGGAGUCUUUGGAUGGCCAGUGGGGUUGCAUCAGUGACGUCAACAAAGGGCAGGGAGCAGUAUCAGCCAUAGCAGAAGGACAGCAGAGCGAACAGUGAGGAGCAGUGGCACUGGAGUAGCAUUCUAAUUUAACAUCAUUCCACAGGAAAGGGGAGGCUCGAAAUGCCCUGAUGUGCCAGUUGAAUAUGAUAUUCAUAGCAGAAUCUGAAUUGGUUUCCCAGCCAUUAACAAGAAAAGGACCUUUUUACAAUGCAACUGUUGCUCCAAAAUAAAUUCUCAGUCAAAUUAUUAUUAUUAUUAUUAUUAUUAUUAUUAUUAUUAUUAUUAUUAUUAGUAGUAGUAGUAGUACUAUUUUUUUAUUGCAUUGUUUAAGGUGUGUCAUAGUUCUCGGGCUCCUCACUUAUAUAAAUAAAUGUUUAAUAAACCUGUUGAUUUACUCAUGUCUUAAA